AGAAACUCAUCGUGAGAGUGAGCCCGCCUUCAAUUGAGCAACUCACUGAGGUCACCAUUCACUCAUUCACAACAAACAGGAAUACUUCGAUAAUCGUUUGUCUCAAUCGCAUCAAGCACACUCAAAUCAAGCGCAAUCAACAUCUCUUAUCGCCAAAUUGCCCCGCGAUCUCGUUGCAGAUAGCAGGUGGACCACUGCACCGUCCCCCUUAUCCACCCGCCCGCGGUGAGCCCGCCCGAGUCAAGCCCGCCUCUUGGCUUCAUCCCAUCCGACGUCGCUCCUCGUCACAUUACACAUACAACGACUCUAUUAUUAAAGACGAGCCCUGUCCUCGCGUUCCUUCACAAUGUCUCUCUUGUAUCGUAUUCCUCUCUCAGUAUUGCUUCUCUUCGCCACUUGAUACCCCUCCCUUUCCAAGUAGACUUAUUUACAUCACCCAACACCACACCCAAGAACUCAAGAUGGCGGCAGUCCUCCCCGAGCCCUUUGCGAGCAUCCCUCGCGAAAACUUCCUCUUUGGCCCCUCGCCCAUUGAGCCUCUCCCCCGCAUCUCCGCCGCCCUCGGCGGAAAGGUCAAUGUCUACGCCAAGCGCGAGGACUGCAACUCUGGUCUGGCCUACGGCGGUAACAAGACCCGCAAGCUUGAAUAUCUCGCCUCAGACGCCCUUGCCCAAGGCUGCGACACCCUCGUCUCCAUCGGCGGCGUGCAAUCAAACCAUACCCGCCAAGUCACCGCCGUCGCCGCCAAACUCGGCCUCAAGGCCGCCCUCGUCCAGGAGAAGUGGGUAGACUGGACCGACCCCGUUUACGACAAGGUCGGCAACCUCCAGCUCUCGCGCCUCAUGGGCGCCGACGUCCGUCUCGACCCCUCCACCUUUGGCAUCGAGCACAAGAACACCCUCGCCAACCUGAAAGAAGAACUCCUCGCCGCCGGACGCAAGCCGUACUACAUCCCCGCCGGAGCGUCGGACCACCCCCUCGGCGGCCUGGGCUUCGCGCGAUGGGCUUUCGAGGUGCAGGCGCAGGAGAAGGAGUUGGGCGUGUUCUUUGAUACGGUUAUCGUGUGUGCGGUUACGGGGUCGACCAUGGCGGGUAUGGUUGCGGGAUUCAAGCUCGCGGAGAAGUUGGGAGGAAAGAAGCGCAAGGUUAUUGGCAUUGACGCCUCUGCGACGGUGAAGCAGACGUUCGAUCAGGUGCUGCGCAUCGCCAAGAACACGGGCGCCAAGAUUGGUCUCGAGGAGGGCGAUAUCACCGAGGCGGAUAUCAUUCUGGAUGACCGGUUCCACGGCGGUGUCUACGGUAUUCCCGACCAGGUCACCAUUGACGCCAUCAAGUUUGGCGCCAGCACGGAGGGUUUCAUUACGGACCCCGUGUAUGAGGGUAAGAGUUUGGCGGGUAUGAUGCAGCUCAUCAAGAACGAGGAGAUUGCUGCAGGUAGCAAUGUCUUGUAUGCGCACUUGGGUGGCCAGCUGGCGCUCAACGCGUACUCUGGCAUGUAAACGAUUCUUGAUGUCUAAUGAUGAAGUUUUUAGAGUUUUGCAGAAAAUAACAAUACCC